AUGGCAGAGCUCUCACAUGCAGAAGCCAAAAGGCGAAUUCAGAGGGGGGCAUUCCAUCGGGAGGUGGUGCUCGAGAUGGUUCGCCAGUACGGAGAUCUUUUGGCCUUUGCGCAAGGCAAAUACCACAGGGAUCCUGAAGUGGUCCUUGCUGCCGUGGCCUCGAGCAGCUGGGCCAUGAGAUAUGUUGACCAGACCCUCCUGCAUGACGAGAACUUUGCGCUGCAGAUCCUGCAAGCCAAUCCAUUGGCACUGCGGCUGCUUCCGGAGAACUGCCGUUCUGCCCGAGAUCUCGUGUUGACAGCUGUAAGUGGGGACGGGCGCAGCCUGGCAUUCGCAACGCCAGCGCUGCGUGAAGACACUGAGUUUGCUGUCGAGGCUGUCCGAGCGAAUCCGGAUGCCUUGGAGUUUGUUCCGGUGCACUUGAAGGCAGACCGUGACUUCGUGUCCAUUGCGCUGGCAAGUGAUGGGCGUGCACUGCGCUUUGCAUCUGUGGAGCUGCGCGAUGAUGGCGAGUUGGUGCUGUUGUCCGUGCAUCAAAACCCUGCAGCCAUGGAAUUUGCAGGUGGACGUCUUGUAGAAGAUCGAGCUUUUGUCUUGCAGGCAGUGCAACUUCAUGGUGGAGCGCUAGAGCACGCGCCAUGUUUCCACGCAGACGAGGAGGUCGUUCUGCUGGCGCUGACUUCUUGCGCUGAAGCUAUGCGCUUUGCAAAUGGCAUCCAUGACAAGCGAGAUUUUGCCUUGCAAGCCGUCCAGACAGCAGGUCUGAGCCUCCAGUACUUGUCGGCUGAGCUUCGUCGAGACAAGGAGAUCGUCCUUGCCGCUAUUGCCAAUUGCGGCCUGGCACUGCAGUUUGCCUCAGAUGAGCUCAAGGAAGACGACGAGGUUGUCUGGUGCGCAAUUUCUCAGGACCCUCGUGCUCUGCAACAUGCCCCACUCUUCCGGGCCGACGAGAAAUUCUUGCUGCGCUGUGUUGAACGGUCAUGCGAAGUUCUACAAUUUGCAGAUGCUGGCCUGAAAUCGAGUAUAGACUUCGCCUUCAGUGCUGUCGCUGAGGACGUCCAUGCUCUUCGCUUUUUGGCAUCAGAGUUGCUGGGCUGCAGGGACCUGAUCCUGCACGCCACAGCGAUCAAUGAGGCUGCACUCGAUUGCAUCGGAGGGCUGCCGGAAGCAGAACCUCUGGAGAGCUUUUUGUCGGAGGCGCGGCGCCUUCGCAGCGCAGCCGCCAUGGUGCGGCGCCACCCCACCAGCAGGAGCAUUGUGCUGCGUGGGGUCGCAUGGCACCCGCUGUCAGUAUGGUUUGCCUCCACCAGCCUCAAGGAAGAUCCUCACUUUCGGGAGCAGGUGGCACAGCUAGCCGACGUUCCCAUCCCUGGAGCACGCCCUCAAGGUGUCAUGACUCUGUUUCCCGCUGCAUCGGCCUUGGCGACAUUGAGGCGCGCUUAUCCUGCAGACCUUGUGCAAGGCCACGCGGCAUCGUCCAGGUCUUCUGGCAAGACCUUCAAGGAGGACUCUCCGGGGUGCGUGGUGGAAGGCGUGAGAAGAUCUUCUGAACCUUGCAAAGCCAUUGUGACACUCCGGCAUGACCAAUCCGCAGACCGGCAGGACGUCACGGUUCCUGCGGGGAGCUGGCCACUGAACACGGAACAGCACAACCAGCAGUUAUCCCCCACGCAGCAGAAGCUUGUGGGCGCCAUGAUGCAAGACCAUGCAGCUGGUAAAGACAUGUGCCUCGUUGGCGAGAAGGGUGUUGGCAAGAGCACGUUGGUGAAAGCGUUCUCAGAGUGGCUUGGAUACCGGCAGAGGAUCAUCUUCUGUUUCAAGGACCUGCUUUGCCGCGAUUUGCUUCAGCGGCGUACCACAGACCAAGACGGGCAAACGGAAUGGCAAGAUUCUGCGCUGGUGCAGGCAGCCAUUUGUGGGGACAUCGCGGUUCUGGACGGCUUGAACCGUCUAACGGGCCAUGCAGCCAUCCUUGGCCCACUCCUGGCUGACCGAGAAGCUGUGCUACCAGACGGCUCUCGCUUGGUGUCUCCUGAGAGAUGGACGCACCUCCUCGUCGCAAAGGGCCUGAGCCAGGAUUGUCGGGAAUUUGAAGAAGAGAACGUGCGUUUUAGAGCUGUGCAUCCUUCUUUCCGCUGUGUGGCCACGGCAGAGAGUCAAACAUCUCAGCGAGCAGGACGGCGAAAUGUCUGGCUUGAUGACGAGGUGGCGACGCUCUUCCAUUUCCACUCGCUGGCGCCAUUGCCUUCUCAGGAGCAGCUAGACCUGGCAGCUAAAUCUGCAAAAUCCGGAGGUGUGCGCAAGAGCGAGCAGGUAUUCCGUGGACUCCUGACGUUCGGCGAGAAGAUGCGAAGCGCGGCAGUUGAAGAUCCUGGACUGGAGCCGCUGAGGAUGACCUUGCGGAUCCUCCUGCGUAUUGGGGCGCACUUGGACAAGCGACCUGGCGAUGUGGUGGGGGCCAUGAGCCGUGUCUUUUCGGCGUGUUUGAACUUCCUUCCAAUGUCUUCUCAGGAGGCUGUGCACCGCCUCCUGCAAAGCUCAAUGCAGGCCGCAGGUGUCAAGCAGUGGGCGCCAAGCACCAUGCUGGCAGCAGAUGGUGAUUCACGGCGACGCCGGCAGGAGCUCCGAGAACUCGAGAACAUUGCCAUUCAGGCAAGAAUGUUUGGCGGCGGUGGUCAAGAAGUGGAUGAAGCAAGAGAAAAGGCAGAGUCCGACAGGGAGCAGCACCGACGAGCAAAACUCGAAACUUUGCGAAGGCAAGGUGAAGCCGGGCUGGCGAGGAAGCCAGUCAAAGCUGCCAGAGUGGCAAAGGGCAUCCUGCACAUUGGAGACGUAACCUGUCCUGUGCGGACGCCAGCCAGGCCUGAGUUGGUACCAGACGUGGUCUUCGUCGAUAUCCCGCAGCAUGUCGACAUCCUUGAGAAGAUGCUGCUGGAUUGGACUCUCGGUCAUCACCUCCUCCUUGUCGGCAACCAGGGCGUUGGCAAGAACAAACUCACAGACCGACUCUUGGGGCUUCUACAAUGCGAAAGAGAGUACAUCCAGCUUCAUCGGGACACGACAGUCCAGAGCCUGAUGCUGGCACCGAGCUUGAAGUCUGGGGCAGUGGUUUGGGAAGACUCGCCAUUGCUUCGGGCGGUCAAGGCUGGUCGGUGCCUAGUCGUCGAUGAAGCCGACAAGGCACCCCUGGAAGUCGUCUGCGUGUUGAAAGCCUUGGCCGAGGAUGCCGAACUGAGCCUGCCAGAUGGGCGCACGGUCGUGAGAGCAGACGAUGCACGAUUGACCCAGAUGUCAGAGGAUGAAGUGGUAAAGAUGUCAAGUAACUUUCGGCUCUUUGUGCUGGCAAACCGCCCCGGCUUCCCUUUCAUGGGCAACGACUUCUUCAAGGUCUGCGGCGAUGUUUUCAGCUGCCAUGUGGUGGAUAAUCCCGACAUUGCCAGUGAGGUGGAGCUACUUACGAGUGUGGGCCCGAGCGUUUCGAAAGAUCGCAUCCUCCAGCUAUCGCUUCUUUUCGCGGAGCUGCGGGAACUCGUAGCUUCAGGCCAGCUGGCCUAUCCGUACUCAACUCGGGAGCUUGUGAAGCUGGUGAGCCAUGCGCAACGCUUUCCAGGAGACGCAUUGGAAGAAGUCGCUGCAGGUGUCUUUGCCUUCGACAUCGCUGAUACCAGGAAGCGUAAACCGUUGCUGGAAGUUCUUCAGAGACAUGGCAUCGCGACCACAGAGCGGGGAGUGCGUCUUCUCGAAGGACAUCGUCCGGGUAAGAUGAGCCUGCGACUGGAUGAGAAUAGAGACAAAUCAAAGGAUGUCACCAACCGAGACAAUCCCCAUGGGGAAAGCCCUCCGGACAUGGCUCAAGGGGGCCCCAAGCACGGUGAGUGGGAUGGGCAAGAGCAUAUUGGCGGCAACCGGUUUGCGGGUGGCAGUGGUGGAACCGGCACCGCAGGACUUGGAGGUCGAUGGGGCCCUUAUCGACUAGAUGUGGGUCAGAAGCUGGUUCAGGUUUCCGAGGACAAGAAGCAGGGCUUGGACGAGGCCACAAAGCGCAAGGCCCAGCAAAUGGCAGAUGAAGCCUACCGGAAGAGGCUGGCCGAGAUGAAGAUGUCCUUGAAAGAAGGAGAGGCCUACGCAUCCCUUCGGGAACAGGUCGCCACGCAGAUUCAAGAAAUGAAGGUCUGCUUGGAAAGCCAAGCAGCGCGGCAACACGAGCGACAAUGGUUGAAGAAUCAGACGGCGGGUGAGCUGGAUGAGAGUCGUUUGGUGGAUGGCAUCACUGGGUGCAAGACUGUCUACAUGAGACGCGGGGACCCUGAAGGGCAGCUGUUCGGCAGAAGCCAGCAGCAUGCAAAACGCCUCACCUUUGUAAUGGAUAUCAGCGGAAGCAUGUACACAUUUAAUCGGAUUGACCGACGGUUGCAACGACUGCAAGAAGUGGCUGCCUUUAUUUUCGAGAGCUUUGCUGGCUUCGAGGACCCUGAGUCUGCAAAACAACUGCUGCGAGGGCCUCGUGAGGAUUCGCAAGGUUUGGUGAGGCCCGGAGGCCGAAAGAUUUGUUGA